AUGAUAGAGAAGGCAACUUUGUAUAAAAAGCAAAAAAAUUUGAAGAUGAAUAAUCGAAUGAUAAUUACUUUAGCCAUCAAAGCUUACAUUGAAACCUUAUCCAAAUCUGUUAGAAUUGGCAAAAAUGGAUGCUUAUUUUCUUAUAUUCUAAAUCAUUUAAAAUAAAGGAAUCUUGAAAAACUUAAGAUCAUUUGA